GUUUGUGAUGCGAAUUAAAAUGAAGACGUUGAAUGCUGCCGUCAGUCUUCACCGAGACUCUGACCGAUUCCAAACGCGUGCCGGAACGACCAGGUGAAUCAGACAUCCUGUGGACAGUUCGAUUUCUGUACGAUCAGUUUGAAUAACUGAAGCCAUGGCUGCAAAGAAAAUGAUGCCUAUACCGUAUCCAUACUCUUUAGAGGAUUUAUUAAGUAAAAAUCUGCAACUGAAACUGUCAGAUGUAGAGGCGUUGAGGGAAUGGUGUGAGAAACAGCAACACUUACCGAAGAUUCCGGAUUUGCUUCUAAUAUUAUUCUUGCAUAGUAAUUAUUAUAGUGUCGAAGCAGCAAAGACUACAGCCGAUAACUUUUUCACCAUUAGAACCCAUGUACCUGAGUUUUUCUCCAAUCGAGAUCCGUUAGGAUCGAAAAAUCUACGACAAAUUUUCAAUGUAGUAUCUGUUGUUGGAUUGCCGCAGUCAUCGAAGCAAGGUUACAAAAUUCUCUUCGCGAAAUUGAUAGACCCCAAUCCUUCUCACUACUCGUUCGAGGAUGCCACCAAGUACUUUUUCAUGGUGUGCGACCUAGUGGGCCUAAAAUCUCAGACAGUCGAUGGAUACAUUUUUAUCGGCGACGCGGCGAACGUAUCUCUAGGGCACGUUGGUCGAAUGAGUCCUAUGGGGAUGAAAAAGUUAGUGACAUACGUUCAAGAGGCGAUACCAGUUCGAUUGAAGCAGAUUCACUUCAUCAACACACCGUCGGUGAUGGACGUGAUAUUGAACAUGGCCAAGCCUUUCAUGAAGAAGGAACUUUGGAACAUGAUACAUUUGCAUUCGUCAAUGAAAUCGUUAGAGGAAUUCGUUUCUCUCGAUACACUUCCAAGCGACGUCGACGGAGAACAAGAAUCAUUGUCCAAGAUGCACGAAGAAUACAUAAAAGAGAUCGACAGCAAGCGUGAUUGGUUCGUAGAAGAAGAGGAACUUGGUCACGUAGAUGAGUCUCAACGUGUUGGGAAAAGCAAAACUGCGAAUGAUUUGUUUGGUGUUGAAGGAACAUUUAAGAAGCUCGAAAUUGAUUAAAAGUUCCUUUAAUAUAUAUAACCAAAUUGCAGAUGUUUAUGCAAAUUCAAAUUUUUAAGAACAUAAUUAGAAAAAUGAAACUACGACGGAAAAAAAUACUUCUUAAUGAGUACUAUAAAAAUUUUCGUUUCCGGUUUUACGAAUGUAAGAUGCAUUAGUGAUUAGCUUAUUUAUUAUACUUAAAAUCAGUAUACUCUAACAUUAUAUCGUUACCAGGACUGGGUAGUAAUAAAUGAAGGCGAAGAUUUUAAACGUUGAACGGAUUAUUUUUAAAUAAUGUAUUUAUUAACAUUAGAAAUAGGAAACUAUCCGACUUCUGGUUCCUUGCGUUGAUUUGUCUGCAUCAGUAGUUUAAAUUUUCUUAUUUAUUAGCUCAUUUGCAUAAAAGUCUCAAAGCAUGAUAACUUAGAAGAAUGACUGGUAAAAAUGAUUUCAUUAUGUAACUGAAACGACUCAGGUAGCUAUGGAGACAUUAAAAAACGACUUAGGAAGCAGUAGAUAGAGUAGUGGUUUUUUUCGAAACAAAAAAAAUUAUAGAGUGCUCCAAAUAGAAAAAACAUGUCAACGGUAUAGAAUUAUCGUGGUGCAGUGGACUGCAAUUUUUAUUCUUAGUAUCUAUAUCUCAAGGCUCUUUCAAAAAACGAGAUAUAAAAUUAAAAUGUGAGUAGUUAUGAUAACAGGGAAGUAUUCUGAAGUUAAACAAUUUGUGACACUAAAGUAGCAAUCCUGGCAGAAGAAUAAUUUGCAUUCUACACGAGAAGAAAUUGAAAUUUUUUUUCGUGACACGCAUUUUUUAUAAAAGAUUGAGAUAAAUAAAAUGAGUAUCUGUAUUGCAUAAUAUUUAAUCUCUUGUCCUAUGGUUUAUUUCACGACAGUUCAUCGUAAAACCAUUUUAUUGUUAAUACUUUAUUCUGUCUGUGUAAUAAACGCUUUAUAGUAAAUAAAGAUUAACGAUUGAAAAUAGAAAAAUAAUAUUCAAUUUAUAUUUAAAAAAAAUAAAUAACAUUUCAAUUUGUUGAAUUCAGUUACAAAUUUUUAUCACAAGUCUGAGACGAUAUUAUAGUACAAGGGAUUAAAUAAAUAUUUAUUUCAAUAAAUAACUUUAAUCAAUGUACAAUAUUACUCUUGGAUUUGUGUUAUAUUAAAACAUGGCAGAAUUUUAAUUUAUAUAAAAUUAAUUUGUUAUAUAACACUUUAUUGUAAACAAGAAAGGGUAAUUUGAAUAAUUAUUAUAUAAAUCAAUGGACUUUAUGCACUUAUAAUUUUUCCAAAAAGUUGUAUUCAUUACUUGAGAUAUGUGCAAUGAGUUUAAUUAAAUCUUUUAGAGCGUAACAAAUAUUCUGUUUCUCUUUCUUUACAAAUUCUUUAGAGCCUCGUUAUGUGGGUAAUGCGAAAUUAAUUAUAUGGUAUGUUAUUUUGAUUGCUGUACGCAUACAUUUCAAACAUAAAUAGAGCGAUCAGAAAACAGUAUUCAAUUGAAUACAAUUAACUUAGAUUUCACGUACUAAUUGUUUCGUAUUAGUAUUUACAAUCUCGCGAAAUAAAUAUUUUAACUCAUAUCUAAUAAUCUCUAAAGUUAAUGGGUGUAAUUACUGUCUUCUAAAUUUUUAACAAUUUGAAAGCAAAUAUAUAGUCCAUUAGAAAUCAUCUCCUAUAUUAGCAGUAAUACAAAUAUAAAACUUCGAACAACAUAAUUAAAAAUUGAAAACAUAUUAUAUAAUAGAGUAUCAUCUGCAAUAUCAUGGAGGGUACUUAGUUUUGUUUGUCAUGGAAAUAUUUAUGUAUAACUGGUGUAAUACAUACGUAAAAUUUUCGCUUGCUCAGGAUGAAUAGAAGAUAUCUGGAAAAACACAUGCAUAUAUCAAUUAUUAUAUUAAUAUUUUGAAUUUACAAAUUUGUUAAGUUUAUUUAAUUCUACUGUUUACAAAAUUUCCUUUUAAACAUAACUGAUUUUAUAUUUCAUCAAUUAUGUAGUUUAUUCACUCAAUAUAAUUGUAUUACGUUCAAUUAUGUUUUUACAUGAUCUUGAUUAAAUAAUAAUUAUUUUCCUCUUUUUACA